GCCACAGUAACCCUGCAGGUUUCCUACAUCCCUCCUCCAGGGAUGGCUCCCAUCUUCCAGCCUCCUCCACAACCAGAGGCCCAGCACACCCCAGUGGAGCUGGACACAGUUACAGUUUUUUCUAUGGAUGAGGAGGACACUGAGAGCAUGCUGAUGAUGGAGGUGGUGGAGGAGCCUGAACCGGUUCCAGGAACCCAGGGUCAGGACACCGGGGCCCCUACAGCACCACCCAAAAAGGCUCCACCGAACUUUAACCAUGGCCAGAAAAAGAAACGCCACAGCAACAAAUCACCCCUGUCCGACAAACCCCAGGACCUCCAGACUUUCUUUCUAAACUUCUUUGAGAAACCUUCAGAUCUUUUUGAUGAGCCUAUAUUUAUAACCGUAUUUGACUCCAAGUCACUACGGAAAGACUCUGUCAUUGGAGAAUUCAAGCUGGAUGUUGGCACGGUGUAUAAUGAACACCGACAUGCUAUUCUCAGGAAAUGGUUGUUGCUGGCAGACCCUGAUGAUCUUUCUGCAGGGGCCAGAGGUUAUUUAAAGGUCAGCAUGUUUGUGCUGGCUGCAGGUGAUGAACCUCCGAUGGAUAAGAAAGAGGGCCUGGAAGAAAAGGAGGAUAUAGAGGGGAACCUGUUGAGACCAGCUGGUCUUACACUGACAGGAGCCACGUUUACUCUCAGAGUGUACAGGGCAGAAGACCUGCCUCAGAUGGAUGAUGCUCUUAUGGAUGGUGUCAAACAGUUCCUUGGUUUUGAAACUAAUCGAAAGAACCUGGUGGAUCCAUUCGUGGAGGUCAACUUUGCAGGAAAAACG